CGUAGAAGAAGCAGCAACACCAGCGAACAAGAAAAGCACAGCGCCAUGCCGAAAAGAAAAGUCACGUUUGAGGAUGGAAUCGGAGAGUUUGACCUGGAAGAUGCCCCCAGCAAGAAGCUGUACCAGAGUUCUGAGAUCCCAGGUGGACCGGGCUCCAGGUUCAAGGGAAAACAUUCACUAGAUAGCGAUGAAGAGGACGAAGGAGAAGACAAGAGCAGCAGCAAAUACAAUAUCCUGGACAGCGAUGAUGUCGAUGGCCAGGAGGGGGCGACCAUCGACUUUGACGAGGGCGUGUCCAUCACACCCUUCAAUUUAAAGGAGGAGAUGGAGGAAGGCCACUUUGACUCUGAGGGAAACUACUUCAUCAAGAAGGAGCAGCAGAUCCGAGACAACUGGCUGGACAACAUUGACUGGGUGAAAAUUAAGGAGCAGCCUGUCAAGCGAAAGAAGAAAGGUCUAUCAGCUAAACGUACAAGAAGAGUGGGCGAUGAAGAUGAGGCAGAGGAAGAGAAGAAGCGAGAAGAGCAGCAGGAAACUCAAAACAGUGAUGAAGAAGAGGAGGAAGAAGAGGCAGAGCCAGCAGAGGAUCCUCUGGCGUCGUACUCACAACACCAGCUCACCGAAGCUUUGAUCGAUCUCUUGUUACCCGGUGAGACGGUGGCUGCUGGGCUCCGGCGGCUGGGAGGUCUCGGCGGGCGCAAGAAGGGAAAACUGCAGGCCGACAGCAAGGCAACGAAGGAGAGCAAGAGAGACACUGAGAAGUUGGAGCGACUGACGGCGCUGGCAGACAGGCUGGUCGCCUCCGGCAUGUUCGAGAUCUACCAGCAGACCUACGAGAAGCUGGCCUACCAGCUGAAGAGCAUGAACAGCAAGAAGCCGGCCGUGAAGGCACAGAGAGGCGCCGGCGACGGGGAGGACGAAGAUGAGCUGGAUAUGUUCGCUGACGAGUUCGAUGAGAAGCACGGCGACAAAUCAGAGAAGGAGGAACCUGACAGAGUGAGCGAUGAAGUCAUGUGGGAGUACAAGUGGGAGAACAAGGAUGACUCGGAGGUGUACGGCCCGUUCACCAGUCAGCAGAUGCAGGACUGGGUGGACGAGGGCUACUUCAAUGACGGCGUGUACUGCCGGAGGAUGGACCAGGAGGGAUCUCAGUUCUACAACUCCAAGAGACUGGACUUUGAGCUCUACACAUAGUGGCAUUUCAAGAAGAUUUAUGUGGAAUCUCAAAUCUUGUUUUUUUUUAAAAAUGCAUGGGAUACUGGCGUGCUUUCAGAAUGAAUACUGAAGCAGUUUUUAUAGAUUUCAGCAACUGUAACAGUCAAUACAAAACCAUGUUGAAAGUGACGCUUGUUUCUUUGUGUUUAAAAAUCAACUUUUACCGAUUGACUGUUUUCCUUCUUCAUUGAUUUUUCAAAUGAUUUUCAACUGUGGCAGACCUGAUGUUUCCAUCACAUAUUCACUAGCUUUCCUAAAUCAUGUGAGAGACCCCUGAGCACUGUGGUGGCCACGGUGUUGUCGUUGGGAGCCAUGUUUGCCUUGGAAACAUGCACUUGUGAACCAGGUCUGCAGAGGAUAGCACUCUCCUCAACCAUCCUCUUCAGUAAGCACAUCCAUGAACAUCAUUGGUUGGCAACUCCAA